CGGCGUUGCUUGCCCCCCCGUUUUGCUCGCCCGACGUCACUCGCACGCGACGGAAGGAAGCUGAAGGGGAGGGAGCGGAGGGCGAAGAGCGACCCGGAGGCCGUGGGAGAGAGGGGCCGUGGGUGAGGCCGUGGUGCCAGGACGGGAACGAUGAACGAGGGAGGAGAGAUGAAGAUCUACUGCCCGGUUUGCAACUGGGUGGUGGUCAGCCUGCCCGCCCUGGAGGACCACAUGAAGCAGCACAGGGGCCGGACCGAGUCCGUGCUGUACCAGUGCCCCCACUGCCCGUACAGCACGGACAAAGCGGCCACUCUGAUCGGCCACCAGAGGAGCCACGCCGACGAGAUGCUCCACAAGUGCUGGGUGUGCGAUGAAGUUUUUGCAAAUUCGGAAGACUACUGCUCCCAUCAGACCACGCACAUCAAUCGAGCGCGACGCAGGAAGUCGAUCGGCCAACCGCCAGGAGACGUCUCACCGGACAAGAGAAUCCACGCGGGCGAGAGGCCCUACCACUGCAACGUCUGCGGGGUGGACUUCACUCAGUCGCAACACCUUCUCAAACACCAGAGGAUCCACACGAACGAGAAGCCGUACGCGUGCGCCGUGUGCGGCAAGGCGUUCGUGCGCUCGGCCAACCUCGUCACCCACACUCGGGUCCACACGGGCGAGAAGCCGUACAAGUGCACCACGUGCGGCAAGGCAUACAGCCAGUCGACGGCUCUCAUCAACCACAAGAGGACCCACACGGGCGAGAAGCCCUACGGGUGCACCGUGUGCGGGAAGCGAUUUACCCUGUUGAAGGUUCUCGUCCCACAUGAGAGGACCCACACAGGCGAGAGGCCCUACAGGUGCACCACGUGCGGCAAGUCCUUCACCCAGUCGGGCACACUGGGCAUCCACAAGCGCACCCACACGGGCGAGAGGCCGUACGCGUGCGACGUGUGCGGCAGGUCGUUCACGCACUUGGGCACCCUCCAUGUACACAAGAGGACGCACGCGGGCGGGAGGCCCUUCACACGGGGGAAGGCUUCCUCCGAGGCAGGGGGCCUCCGGGCGUGCCGGCAGGCCCGCGCGGGCUCCAGCGCGUCGACGCCACCGGCCCGUCCCCUCCGCCGCUGCGCCCGUGGGAGGGCCGGGCUCCUCGAGGGCGUGACUGCUGCCGGGGAGGUCGUGGCGAGCCUCGGGGGCGAGGGUCUCAUGGCAACCCCCUCGGCAACCCCCUCGGUGACCCCUUCGGUGACCCCCUCGGCAUCGCUAUCAUCAGAACACGGAGAGACCCGCAGCUUCGAGACGUUGCCAGGGGUGAAGGUAGAAUGCGACGGUGAAGAUCCUUCCGCCUCCCUACCGAUCGUGAAACGGGAGCGCGGAGGGAUCGCCAGCUUCGAGACGUGGCCGGGGGUGAAGGUGGAAUGCGACGGUGAAGAUCCUUCCGCCUCCCUACCGAUCAUGAAGCGGGAGCGCGGAGGGAUCGCCAGCGUCGAGACGUGGCCAGGGGUGAAGGUGGAACAUGGUGGGGGGGAGGAUUCUUCAGUUCCCCUCUCGAUCGUGAAGCAGGAACGGGAAGAAAGCCCCGGCUGUGAGACGCGGCUGGGGUGGCUGAAUCGCAGUGUGAGGAGCUCACAAAUCCUUGAAGGAUCUGGACAGGGUCCCCUAUCAUCGGCGAGCUCCUCCAAGGCUCCGUUGGCUGGAAACAAAUUUGUCAAUCUUGGUGAUGAUUUAAAAUUGCAUCGUAGCUCCCAGUGGCUUCCUCAUACCGGAGAGGAAGAGCGUUCCAGACGUCCGCCACAAGCAGCAGCAGCAUCUGAAAGCGCCACGGGACGCAGCGGCGACCACCGCCUUUGUUCUACAGUUAGCAACUGGUGUUCGUGGUUUCUAGCUUCACGCCUUGUUCGCGAUACUUCACAGGGGCAGGGCGGGGGAGAUUCAUUUUCCUUUGUGUGCCUCACUCUUUGCCCCAGUGCCAGGACGGGAACGAUGAAUGAGGGAGGAGAGAUAAAGAUCUACUGCCCGAUCUGCAAAUGGGUGGUGAUCAGCCUGCCCGCCCUGGAGGACCACAUGAAGCGGCACAGGGGCCUGACCGAGCCCGUGCUGUACCGGUGCCCCCACUGCCCGUACAGCACGGACAAAGCGGCCACUCUGAUCGGCCACCAGAGGAGCCACGCCGACGAGAAGCCCUACAAGUGCAGGGUGUGCGAGGAAGUUUUCGCGAAUUCGGGAGACUUCUGCUCCCAUCAGAGCGUGCACAUCAAGCGGGCGCGACGCGGGAAGGCGUUCCGCCCACCGCCAGGAGACGUCUCGCCGGACGGGAGGAUCCGUGCGGGGGAGAGGCCCUACCACUGCAACGUCUGCGGAGUGGACUUCACUCAGUCGCACCACCUCCUCAACCACGAGAGGAUCCACACGGGCGAGAAGCCGUACGCGUGCGCCGUCUGCGGCAAGGCGUUCGCGCGCGCGGGCACCCUUGUCGCCCACAAGCGGGUCCACAUGGGCAAGAAGCCCUAUGGUGCCAGGACGGGAACGAUGAAUGAGGGAGGAGAGAUAAAGAUCUACUGCCCGAUCUGCAACUGGGUGGUGAUCAGCCUGCCCGCCCUGGAGGACCACAUGAAGCGGCACAGGGGCCUGACCGAGCCCGUGCUGUACCGGUGCCCCCACUGCCCGUACAGCACGGACAAAGCGGCCACUCUGAUCGGCCACCAGAGGAGCCACGCCGACGAGAAGCCCUACAAGUGCAGGGUGUGCGAUGAAGUUUUCGCGAAUUCGGGAGACUUCUGCUCCCAUCAGAGCGUGCACAUGAAGCGGGCGCGACGUGGGAAGGCGUUCGCCCCACUGCUAGGAGACGUCUCACCGGACGAGAGGAUCCACGCGGGUGUGAGGCCCUACCACUGCAACGUCUGCGGAAUGGACUUCACUCAGUCGCACCACCUCCUCAACCACCAGAGGAUCCACACGGGCGAGAAGCCGUACGCGUGCGCCGUGUGCGGCAAGGCGUUCGCGCGUUCGGGCACCCUCGUCACCCACAAGCGGGUCCACACUGGCAAGAAGCCGUACAAGUGCGCCACUUGCGGAAAGGCAUUCAAGCAGUCGGGGGCGCUCCUCAACCACGAGAGGACCCACACGGGCGAGAAGCCCUACGGGUGCGCGGCGUGCGGGAAGCGAUUCGCCCAGUCGAGGGGCCUCGUCAUACACUCGAGGACCCACACGGGCGAGAGGCCCUACAGGUGCACCAUGUGCGGCAAGUCCUUCGCCCAGUCGGGAGCCCUGUCCGUACACAGGAGGACCCACACGGGCGAGAGGCCCUACGCGUGCCCCACGUGCGGCAAGGCGUUCUCCGAGUCGGGCACCCUGGGCAUCCACAAGCGCACCCACACGGGCGAGAGGCCGUACGCGUGCGACGUGUGCGGCAGCUCGUUCACGCACUCGGGCACCCUCCGCGCGCACAAGAGGACGCACGCGGGCGGGAGGCCUUUCGCGUGCCCCACGCGCGGGAAGGCCUCCUCCGGGGCGGGAAGCCUCCGGGCACGCCGGCGAGCCCGCGCGGGCUCGAACGCGUCGACGCCGCCGGCUCGUCCCCCCCUCCUUUGCCGCCGCACCCGCGGGAGGGCCGGGCGUCACGAGGGCGUGACUGCCGCUGGGGAGGUCGUGGUGAGCCUCGGGGGCGAGGGUCCUGCGGCAACCCCCUCGGCGACCCCCACGGCAUCGCUAACAUCAGAACGCGGAGAGACCCUCAGCUUCGAGACGUGGCCGGGGGUGAAGGUGGAAUGCGACGGUGAAGAUCCUUCCGCCUCCCUACCGAUCAUGAAGCGGGAGCGCGGAGGGAUCGCCAGCUCUGAGACGUGGCCAGGGGUGAAGGUGGAACAUGGUGGGGGGGAGGAUUCUUCAGUUCCCCUCUCGAUCGUGAAGCAGGAACGGGAAGAAACUCCCGGCUAUGAGACGCAGCUGGGGUGAAGGUGGCACACGGUAGGCCCAAUCUCAGCUUUGGGAACAGAUGUUGAGGUCUACGUGGGAAGAGUGAAGGAGGAGGUUCCAAGCAAGCAUGUCGAGUGAGCGUGCGUCCUCGACUGGGACCUUUGCUAAGUUGGUGGCACGGGUGGAGGAUGUGUACUACACAGAGGGGGCAGGUCCCGUGGAACGGAGAUUAAACGCUUGAGAAGCUGACCGAGAGAGAGAAAAUCCCACGCGAUACAACGGCCGUGCGAGAGCACGAGCGCAUCUGCACGACUGUGAAGGUACACAACGUGGAGGCAAUAUUUUUUGCUCUGAGAACAGAUACACCUGAAGUGAAAACUACGUAGUAGACUCUUUGUUUUAUUUUACCAGGUAAGGCCCACAACUGAGCCACAUCUCUUUUUUAGAAGCGACCUGGCCAUCACAAAUGAUACCUCAACGAAGCGGCCUAU